AUGGCAUCGGUGGCGCAAUUGAUGGAGAUGGGCUUUUCGCAAGGCCAGGCGGCAAAGGCAAUCGCUGCCACUGGCAACACCUCGACUGAGGCUGCUAUGGAGUGGAUCUUCUCGCACCCUGAGUCUGCUGAAGAUGCUCCAGCGGCAGCCACAGGCGGUAACGCGCCCACUGGCCAGGCACCACAACCGAUGGCCGUCGACGGUGCAGAGAAACCGCCCACCGUCCACAACGCCCUAUGCGAUACGUGCAAGGAUCAGAUCGUCGGCACGCGCCACAAGUGUAAGUCGUGCAAGGACUACGACCUCUGCGACGCCUGCUACGAAAAGCGGCUCAUCAACCACGACCCCGAUCACGAGUUCGGGCACUUCACCGAGGACAUCCCCAUGCCCGAGAGAAAGCCACUCACCCCCGAGGAGCGCGAGGCCGCUCUCAAGCGGCUCGAGGAGAAGCGGAAGGAGGUUUUGAGGCUCAAGCAGGAAGAAGAGAAGAAGGCCGAACGCGAACGCGAGCUCAAGCGAAGGCAGAUGGGCAAGGAGAUCCUGGCGGCCAAGGAGAAGUUCAAGGAGGAGCAGAUCCAGCGCGACCUCGCUCUGCGCAAGAAGGAGAAGCAGGAGGAGGCGCGGGCGCUGCGCGAGAUCAAGGAGAAGCUGGCGCGAGAAAAGGCCGCGAAGCUGGCUGCUCGACAGCCCGCUGCUGCCGCUGCCCCGGCGCCUGCACCUGCUGCCGCUGCCCCUGCCGCGCAACCGGUCGCGGCAAGCAGCGCGUCCACGGCGACCGAGGCCGUGGUGCAGGUGCGAUUCCCGGACGGCAAGACCCUGCAGAACUCAUUCAAGCCCGACGACUCGCUGCGGGUCGUCCACAGCUGGGUCCAGGCCAGCAGGACUGACGGGAGACCGUUUGCCCUGAGCACGACCUUCCCGCGCAAAGACUACAGCGGCAGCUCCCUCGACUCGACCACGCUCAGAGCCGCGGACCUGGUGCCGCGGGGAGCGCUCAUCGUCAAGAACCUGUGA